GAGGAAACGGAGGUGUUUGAUCAUGAUCUACCGCGCAGAAAGACACGAUGAUGAUGACGACCAAAGGGAGGGCAAUAGAAAACCAAGCUAUUUCUUAUCCUUACACGUUUCCUAUUGCUAUUUUCAAGGACAGAAAAGAUAUUCAUCCAUCCGGUCGUUGUUUGAAAAAUGCAAACGCACAAUCAAAUCAAUCUCCACCACAUCAUACCACACCAGACACCAGCAAGCGGCAUACAUCCACACCACACAGGCAGCAAAGACGCUCACCAGCACACGCACUCAAUAGCCAAAUGUCAGCCCUGUCCUCCAUCGUCAACAGCACCUCGCCAAAGGUACACACAUCCUUCCCCUUCGUUCCUUCGAAUGCCUUACUGGCAUACCUGCAUACUAUGCUUGUUUUGUUUUUGCUUGCUGCCGCAAUUGUCCCAGCUGGCUCACAACAAAACAUCAUUAUCAUCAUCAUCAACAUCAUUCUGCAUAUCUUUUCUAUUGAGUCGCGAAAUAACAAAGCCAAUUGCUCUAUAUUAAAAUCCGGUCCCUUUCUUCCUUUCAUUCUAUAUCUUUUCUGUAUGUCUUCAACCUCAAUGGUAUAUCUGUUGAUUCUAGGAAAAGCAGGUUUCGGCCCCUCCAGCCCCCUCGGCCGCUGGUUCUGCUAACAACGGUCCAACCACCUCUUCUCCCAACACUAACACGAGUGCGAUUAGUACUGCUACGAACGCUAACACCAACACCAACACCAACACCAGCACCAACAGCAAUACAA